GUCGCGCACAACCUACCGCUGCUGUCAAGGGAAAAAAAAAGAAGCCACCGAGUUCUUGGGUGAGCGUCUAUCUAACUUUUCGAUCCUUCGUCGAACCGCCUUUCCGUCCCUCCCUGCCCGAUCCCGCUUCAUCGAUUCGGAUAUCUCGCUUUCCCGCCUCCCUGCUCCAUCCUGGCCUUCUGGGCAAACUGAUAUAUACCCCUUUCGGUCUCACUCUCUUUUGCAUCCUUUCUUUUUCUUCUCCCUUUCGCUCUUUUUUCCUUCUUCUUUUCUUGCUUUUACCUCAGCCUCGAGCGCCGCGCUACCUCUUUGGCCCAACGGCCCACGGCUUGAAGGAACAGCUUUAUUAUUCCCUUCUUUUUAUUUUUCGCCCCCAAACCUUCUGGAAAAAAAGCCAAAGAACAAAAAAAAGGCCGCAGAAAAGCAAGGGGAGGGAGGGGGCAUCAGGCUGUGUGCUCCUCCCCAUCAUGUCGUCGCAGCCGGUGAACCUGGAGGAGAACAACGGGGCCGCCCUCACCAUCACGGCCGCGACCUUCCUGGCCCUCACCUACGUGUCGGUCGCCCUGAGGGUAUACGUGCGAAGUUGUCUCACCAAGAGCUUCCUGGCCGACGACUGGCUGAUGCUGCUAUCACAGGCAAAUUUCACGGUAUCAUGUACCUUUAUCCUCAUCGGUGUCCCUUUUGGCAUAGGGAGGCAUAACAAAGCUCUGCCGCAGAGGCAGGAAAUAGAAGCAUUAAAGUGGCAAGCUCUUGCAACAGCGAGCUACGUGAGCAACAUGCUCUUCAUCAAGCUCAGCAUCGCCGUCUUCCUGCUGCGGCUGUCGGGCGAGAAUAAGUACAAGUACGCCAUCUGGGCCAGCGCCGCCAUCGUCUUCGUCUGGAGCGUCGUGCUCUUCUUCUGGAACAUCUUCCAGUGCAGCCCCGUCGAGGCCCAGUGGGACUACACCAUCCCGGGCCUCAAGUGCGUCACGUCGGACCAGGUCGUGAGCGCCGCCCUGGCCCUGAGCGCCAUGACGGUCCUGAGCGACUUCUUCUACGCCCUGCUGCCCGUGCCCAUCAUCUGGCAGAUCAAGAUGACCAAGCAGGCCAAGUUGACUGUCAUGCUCAUCUUGAGCCUGGGUGUUUUCGCGUCCAUCGCCACCCUCAUCCGACUCAAGUUCCUCGCCGACCUUAACGACACGGCCGACAUAUUAUUCGCCGGCACCGACGCCAUGGUCUGGACCCUCACCGAGCCCGGCGUCGCCAUCAUGGCCACGAGCCUGGCCACGAUCCGGCCGCUGCUCCGCAAGCUCCGACUUCCCGGCUUCGGCUCUACCGGCGUCACGGGUCGCAGCGGCCCCACGGGCGGCGGCUACUACGGCCCCGGCAGGAGCGGCAAGUCGGCCGCCCUCCGCUCCGCCACCAACCGCUCCGCCGCCACCCGCGGCAGCAGGGCCAUGCCCGGCUUCGGCGCCGCCGACAUGCCGCUCGAGGACCUCGAGUCCGCCCGCGGAGGAGGAGGAGGAGGAGGAGGUGGUGGUGGCGGAGGAGGUGGCGGGGUUGUGGUGGCGGCGGCAACGACUACAUCGUCAUCGUCGACAGCGGCGGGCAAGGGUGUGCUGGUGACCAAGACGAUGACCGUGACCUCAAUACCCAGCCCGGCAGCCUCGCCGCCGCCCCCGCAGCAGUAUCAACGGAGGUCGGUUGGCGGCGUCGGCGGCGGGCGGGAGGCCAGGAGCGGCAGCGACAGCGACAGCGACUCGACGCGGGGCCUGGCAACCAACCCGGCGGCUAGCCCCAUGAGCGAGACGUUUAUGCCCGGGGUGGAGGAGUACGGCGGCGGCCGCCUCCACAGCAGGUCGAACUCGGCGGCGCAACAGCAGCAGCAGCAGCAGCAGCAGCAGCAGUCGCAGUCGCAGUCGCAGCGACCGUGGGAUGGCGCCGCGAGGCAGGAGGCGCCGCAGAUCCCCAAGAUCGACGUCGAUUUCCGACACGGCUCCUGGCCCUCGCCGAUUGGUAGUGAGGGUGGCGGCGGAGGUGGCAGAUCGGACGCAGCACGGCGGAGCUCGCAGUUCGGUGUUCAACACAAGCGUUAA